UAGAAGAUGCCAAAGAAAUUAAACCGAGACAUUGUUUCGCAACACAACAAUGAGAAAAGCUGCUGGGUGAUUUAUAAUUCAUGCGUAUACGAUGUAACUAAUUACCUGAAUGUUCAUCCCGGAGGAAGUCGAAUUUUGCUUAGAUACGGUGGGAAGGAUAUCACCGAGAUCUUUGACGCUGUGCACAAGCAUGUAGACAUACACAAAAUAUUGGAAGACAAUUUUAUUGGGUACCUUGAUUAGCGUCAGCAUGCACAUGGGCUGAUAUAUCCACAAUAAGUGUUGUCGAAACGUUAUUUUUGCGAUUCUGUUCGCAGUUAUUCAAUGAUAAAAUUUGGUUUUGUCGUGUAUUUAAGACUGCUGCAACAUAUAUAAGCUGAUUUACACACUCAGCUCUGUUUUCC